CGAACUUGGGAGGCCCAUCGAACCCCCUUAAACCCACCGAGAGCGAGGAGUUCAGGGGUUUACUGCCGUCAGACCCUCUUCGUCCGGGACCCCGCAAGCCGCAGAAAGCUUUCGCCUUUCGAGCCCCGACCCCAGAAUUCCUCCUCCUUCGCCCGGAGUUUCAGCUUCAAGAACCGUGCAGAACAUGUCCCGGAAUCAAUCCGGCGUCGAUUCGGUCCAGAACCUCAGGGUCACCUGGGAAGGGUGCAGCGUCUUGCUGGACAUCAACGACGGCGACCGCCUGGUCUUCUCUCGGCUCACCGAGAACUCGACUUUGAAGAUCGGGAAAAAGAACUAUUCUUUGCGGCCGCUCAUCGGUUGUCCGUUCGGUUCUUUGUUCCAAGUCGAAUAUGGAGCUGAAGGGUCGAAUUUGUCUCGCAUUCUCCAAUCAGCUGAAGUCAGUAACAUCCAAGAAAAUGGUGAUUAUCAGCCAGCAGAGGAGCACAGGGAUAAUAGAGAACUUGUCGACAACAACAAAGCUCAGAGUCUUUCUGGUGAAGAUAUAGAGGAAUUGCGGAGACAGGGUGCGACUGGUGAUGAAAUUAUCGAAGCUCUAAUUGCAAAUAGUGCUACAUUUGAGAAGAAGACAGCAUUUUCACAGGCAAAAUACAAAUUGAAGAAGCAAAAGAAAUAUGCUCCUAGAGUACUGUUAAGGCGACCUGUGGCACGGAGUAUAUGCGAGACAUACUUCACAAAGUAUCCAGCCAGAAUAGGGUUCAUGCGAGUGGAUACAUUGUCUCUGCUGCUUUCCAUGGCUAAUGUUGCUGCAAAUUCUGACAUUCUUGUGGUGGAUAUGGUUGGUGGUCUUCUCACUGGUGCUGUAGCAGAGCGCAUGGGUGGUUCAGGUUAUGUGUGCAAUAUGUAUCUCGAAAGUAGCCCAUAUCCCAUGGACAUAGUGAGGAUGUUCAAUUUCAGUGAUGAAAUUUGUAAAAGAAUUGUGAGGACCUCUCUCAGUGAUUUAUGUUCUGUUCAAAAUGAUCCAUCUGAGCAAAUGGGUCACGAUGUCUCCGUCACUGCAAAUUCAUCAAAUGAGCAAAUGUGUUCGCUAAAGACACUUACAGAACCAACUGUUAUGGAAGAAAUUGCCCCGCCAUCUGAAAAUGAAGUCAGCAAAUGCAAAAUCCCAAAAGCUGGAGAUAAAGCAUCCCAAGAAACCAUCGACUUGUGGAAAGCAAAUGGUUUUUCCAGUCUAAUUGUUGCAGCUCCUGAACUGGAUACUUGGAACACAGUGAAAGAUCUCAUGCCCCAUCUAUCACAUUCAGCUCCCUUUGCAAUUUAUCACCAAUAUCUCCAGCCUCUGGCAAAUUGCAUGCACAAUUUGCAGAUUGAAAAGAUGGCAGUUGGUUUGCAAAUAUCAGAACCUUGGCUGCGUGAAUAUCAGGUUCUUCCGUCGAGAACUCAUCCAUGCAUGCAGAUGAGUGCAUGUGGUGGCUACAUCUUAAGUGGGGUUAAGAUUUGUAAUCCGGAAAGCACAUAGAAGGAAUAGAACUAGGUCGCUUUACAUCCUUGCGAGCUUCCAUAUUCUUUGUCAACUCGAGUUCAUAAGAGGUGUCAGCCUGUGACCGUGAAACAUCAUUACAUCCGUUAGUGUUUUGUGUUCUUAUUUAAGUUCAUAACACGCGGCCAACAACCGCGAAAUUUCUUGACAUAAGUUUUGUCAUCCAUCUGUGUUCAUUAUUCUUAUUAACUCGACUUCAUAAGAUGUAUCAGCUAGCGAUCGUGAAAUUUCUCGACAGAAGUCAUGCCAUCAAUUUGUAUCGUGUAUUCUUAUUUAACCCGAGUUCGUAAGAUGUGUCGGCCUGUGACCCUUAAAUUGGAUGACAUGGUUUUUCCCUUCUUUUGUGUUGUGCUUGGAUCGUGGAAUCUGGUCAUGUAAAGGUGUUAUUUUCUGGGAAGCAAA